AUGAGUUCAUAUCCAAAAUUGCUGAUGGAAGCGUGGCAGAAAUGGGAUGUGAGGGGAUUGGUUCUUUUUAGUCUUACCUUACAAAUCGUCCUCUCUGUCUUAGGUGGGCGUAGGAAAUACAAAAUUAAACCUCUCUUCAAAAACAUUCUAUUGUUUGCCUACUUAGGUUCUGACUGGAUUGCCAUUGCUACUUUGGGCAAGCUUUCCGGUUCCUAUACAAAAUCUCCCGCCACCAAUGUCUUAAGAGCAUACUGGGCUCCUUUACUCUUGCUACAUCUUGGUGGCCCUGACACCAUCACAGCUUAUUCCUUUGAAGACAACAAGCUUUGGAUUAGGCACCUCCUCAUCCUUGUUGUCAAAGCGAUUUUUGUCGUUUAUGUCAUUUGUUUGUCGUGGACCUUUUCUUGGAUCUCGUUUUUAACUUUCCCUCUGGUCUUAGCUGGGAUUAUUAAAUAUGUAGAGAAGAUAUUGUGUCUCAAGCAAAAUAAUUCACAGAAAACAAAACCAGUCAUUUCUAAUAUCUUUAAUCCUCAAGGUCCUCAAACCAAUAACUCUUCAGCCCUUAAUGACCAUCUAAAAGCAAACCCAAAUGUGUUGGCUGGUUAUCUAUUGUUUAUAAUUAUGAGACCAGAUGUCAAGGAUUACCUCUCAUCCCAUAAUGUUUCCGAACUUAGAAAAAGGCUAAAAGCUUAUAUCAAAGAAAAUGCAGUUCUUGUUACCGAAAUUGGAUUUAUAUUUGACGUUGUUUACACCAAAGCUGCUUUGAUUUACACCAAGUUAGGAUGCUUAUUGCGCUUCACCAGUUUCGCUAGCUCCUUCUCAGUUCUACUACUCUUCUUCAUCAGCAUAAUUAAUGAGCCAAAAUUCCAUUUCUCAAGAAUUGAUAUUGGCAUAACUGGCAUCUUAUUGAGUGGAGCUAUUGCACUGGACCUUUAUGCAGCAUGUGUAAUGCUUUCUUCUGAUUGGGCAAUUCUUGGUGCGCAAUUUCACGAUAUUGUGUUCGUACGCAAAAUAUUUAAGGCCGCCUUAAAGUGCUUCCCUUGCUUAUUGCGUCGAAGCAAAAGGUGGUCAUAUCAGAUGGGUCAAUUUGAUCUAGUGGAAUAUUGUUGGCGUUGCAACAGAAGGAAGGUGAACCAAACAUGGGGUAUUCUACUGAAGAUCACUAAUGGCCGUGAAAUUAUUGAAAUGUGGCACAAAUACUGGUCCUCUAAAUUUGUGGAAGUUCCAGAUUAUUUGAAAGACAAUGGCAAUUACGACAACCUCUUUCACUCAUUCUUUAGGGAGGAAGGACUCAAGAUAUCAAGAGGAGAAAAGGCAAUACAACAUGGGCAACAAUUUGAUGAACUAAAAUGGAGCAUUGAAUUGGACUUUGAUCAUAGCAUCAUAGUAUGGCAUCUUGCCACAAGUGUUUGCUGCUCGCAAGAGGAUGAUGAUGAUGCUGAUGAAAUCAAGAAAACCAGUAAAUGCGUAUCAGAUUACAUGAUGUAUCUACUAGCUAUGUGUCCUGCCCUGCUGUUGCCCGAGCACAGCAAGAGUUUUUGGCUUGAUCAUACUUAUGACAAGCUAAAAGGACUUGAGUUACCUGCAACUAAUUCAAGAAAUGCUGCAUCCGCAUUAUUUUCUCAUCAAGAUAAUGUUUCCAAAGAGGAGAUUGAAUUCAGGUUUGAUGUUUUUAAUUUCUUACUUUAAUAGAAUUAUAAAAUUAGAAUUAAAUU